AACCUCAAACAGGUAGCUCUUUCCAUGGCGGCAGGACUCUCAACCGCCGUUACAUUCAAACCUCUCCACCGCUCUUUCUCCUCCUCCUCCUCCGAUUUCCGCCUCCGCCACCCAAAAUCCUUAUCCGGAUUCUCUCCGUCUCUCCGAUUCAAAGGCUUUUCUGUCUGUUACGUCGUGGAGGAGCGAAGACAGAACUCUCCGAUUGAGAACGAUGAACGACCGGAGAGCACGAGCUCCACCACCGCCAUAGACGCCGAGUAUCUCGCGUUGCGUUUGGCGGAGAAAUUGGAAAGGAAGAAAUCAGAGAGGUCCACUUAUCUAAUCGCUGCUGUGUUGUCAAGCUUUGGUAUCACUUCUAUGGCUGUUAUGGCUGUUUACUACAGAUUCUCUUGGCAAAUGGAGGGAGGUGAGAUCUCAAUGUUGGAGAUGUUUGGUACAUUUGCUCUCUCUGUUGGUGCUGCUGUGGGUAUGGAAUUUUGGGCAAGAUGGGCUCAUAGAGCUCUCUGGCAUGCUUCUCUAUGGAAUAUGCAUGAGUCACAUCACAAACCAAGAGAAGGACCGUUUGAGUUAAACGAUGUUUUUGCUAUAGUGAACGCUGUUCCUGCGAUUGGUCUCCUCUCUUAUGGAUUCUUCAAUAAAGGACUCGUUCCUGGUCUCUGCUUUGGCGCCGGAUUAGGAAUAACGGUGUUUGGAAUCGCCUACAUGUUUGUCCACGAUGGUCUGGUGCACAAGCGUUUCCCUGUAGGUCCCAUCGCCGACGUCCCUUACCUCCGUAAGGUCGCCGCCGCUCACCAGUUACAUCACACAGACAAAUUCAAUGGUGUACCAUAUGGACUGUUUCUUGGACCCAAGGAAUUGGAAGAAGUUGGAGGAAAUGAAGAGUUAGAUAAGGAGAUUAGUCGGAGAAUCAAAUCAUACAAAAAGGCCUCCGGUUCCGGGUCGACUUCUUGACUUCAAACAAGUUUUAUAUCCCAAAUUCUUUUUUGUCUUCUCUUAUGAUCAUCUUAAGACGGUCUAUGUUGAUAAAUCCUAUAUGCCGAUUUUGAUUUUAAUGAAGAUUUUUUAAUAUAAAUAGUCUAAUUAU